AUGGGGUGCUGCAGCGGCAGGUGUACCCUGGCCUUCAUCUGUGGAAUGCAGCUGGUGAGCGUCUUAGAACGUCAGAUCAUCGACUUCCUGGGCUACCAAUGGGCACCCAUUUUGACCAACUUUCUGCACAUCAUCGUGGUCAUCUUGGGCUUGUUCGGCACCAUCCAAUUUAGGCCGCGCUAUGUUACCGGGUACGCGGUCUGGCUGGUCAUCUGGAUGACCUGGAAUGUUUUCAUUAUCUGUUUUUACCUGGAGGUCGGCGAGCUGUCCAAGGACACUGACCUCGUCCUCACCUUCAACCUGUCCAUGCAUCGUUCCUGGUGGAUGGAGAACGGCCCCGGGUGCAGAGUGACCCCUGUCAGCCCUCCUCCCUCCUGGGCACCGGAGGACCACCGAUACAUAUCGAUAUCCGGGUGCCUGAUGGACUUUCAAUUUGUAGAGGUGGCUCAUUCCUCGCUGCAGAUACUUCUGGCCUUGGCGGGCUUCAUCUACGCCUGCUACGUGGUCAAACUCAUCUCGGAGGAGGAGGACAGCUUUGAUUUUAUAGGUGGAUUCGACUCAUAUGGCUACCAGGGACCUCAGAAGACAUCCCACCUUCAACUACAGCCCAUGUACAUGUAA